AUGACCUCCGGGGCAAGGCUACCAGGGCUAGCCGGAGACCACGGCGAGUUCGGAGAGAAGGGAAACCCAGGGAUUCCUGGGAAUCCAGGAAAAGUUGGCCCCAAGGGCCCAGCUGGCCCUAAAGGUUCCCCAGGGCUCCCUGGAGCCCCAGGCCCCAAGGGUGAGUCGGGAGACUACAAGGCCACACAGAAGGUCGCCUUCUCCGCCAAGAGGACCACCCACAAUGCCCCGCGCCGGGACCAGCCCAUCCGCUUUGAACAGCUCAUCACCAACACCAACAACAACUACGAGCCCCGCAGCGGCAAGUUCACCUGCAGGGUGCCCGGACUCUACUACUUCACCUACCACGUCAGCUCCCGCGGGAACCUGUGCAUCAACCUCCUCCGGGGCCGGGAGAGCCCGCAGAAGGUGCUCACUUUCUGCGACUACGUCACCAAUGUCUACCAGGUCACCACGGGUGGCGUGGUGCUCAAGCUGGAGCUGGGGGAGACCGUCUUCCUGCAGGCCACCGACAGGAACUCCCUGGUGGGCAUGGAGGGCGCCAACAGCAUCUUCUCCGGGUUCCUGCUCUUCCCGGACGUAGAGGCGUGA